AUGAUUACAAAUCAUAAUAAGAUAGGUGGAGUCGGUCAAGUUGUCGAAAUUGACGAGUCCAAAUUUGGUCGAAGAAAAUAUAACCGCGGGCAUCGUGUAGAUGGACAAUGGAUUUUUGGUGGUGUUCAUCGAGAAACUGGAGCUUGUUUUUUAAUACCCGUAGAAAAGCGAGAUAAAGAUACCCUUUUAACAGCAAUCAAUGAUUGGAUCUUACCAGGGACUACAAUUAUCAGCGAUUGUUGGAAGUUAUAA